AAGGUAAUUCUGUCGCUACAGGUGUUGAGAGAGCAGCAAGUUUAGAGUAGCAAUUCGACCUCAUGUUGUAUGCGUGGCAAUCAUAAGAGCAACACUGUUAAGUAAAUUCACUUUAUGAUUUUGUCUUUAAUUUUAAAGUGAACCGCAUGCUCUCCAGGUGUAAACCAACUAGACAGGGCCUUAAUGUUGAGUGAAUCGAAUGGGACUCGAUCUCUGUGGACCUCGAUCGCUGUGGACAUCAAGCCUAACCUCCAUUGAGUUAGAUUUAUUUAAAUGUGCACAUUAAAAAGACUAGCUGUGCCAUUUGCAAAUGUUUCACACUGGAAGGCAAAGGUCUGUGCUCUUUCUAGUGUCUUGCUUUCUGUGUGACCAUAUUUUGAAUACAUCUACCUUACUGGUGGCUAUGUAUCAUUGAUAGGCUACAUAUCAAGUGUUGAUGAUUCACUAAUUGUUGGUUAAGUCCCAGGUUUUGAUAGCCUGCUGCGCUUCACACCAGCAGCAUGUUUUGUCAUGUAAAUGAAAAACUGGUCGUGACUCGGGUCUACAGUAAUUUGCCUCCCUGGUGUGGUUUGCUAGUCAUAUUGCACACAGCUGAGCCCGUCUUUAUACUGGAAGCCUCAGCUGUCAGGAGAGCGUGUUAUCUUUCCGUCACAGAGGAUGUUGUGCUGAAAGGCAAUUGCUUAUUUUCACUACUGCUGUAUGUUGUCUCAGACUGGCCAGAGCGGUGGAAGUGCAAAUGCUGAAGUCAAUACAGACCUCUACAAUGAUCUCAACCACUGACCUUGAGCAGCUUGCAGAAAUAGAACUCCUGAGGGAUGAGGAGGAGGAGGAUGAGGAGCAGAGUGACGCAGGGCCGCCUCCCGGUUUGCCCCCCCGACGCAGAUCCAGCCAGGACGCCGCUCAUCCGUACUACGACGUGGCUCGCCACGGCAUCCUCCAAGUCACAGGGGAUGACAAUUAUGGCAGGAAGCUGGUAAUCUUCAGUAGCUGCUGCAUGCCUCCGUCCCACCAGCUUAACCACCAUCGGCUGCUAGAGUACCUGAAGUACACCCUGGACCAGUACGUGGAGAGCGACUACACCGUGGUGUACUUCCACUACGGCCUGCGCAGCAGCAACAAGCCCUCGCUGCGCUGGCUCCGGGACGCCUACAGGGAGUUCGACAGGAAGUACAAGAAGAACCUGAAAGCGCUUUAUGUCGUCCACCCGACGAACUUCAUCCGAAUCAUUUGGAACAUAUUCAAACCACUCAUAAGCCACAAAUUCGGGAAGAAGCUGACGUAUGUCAACUACUUGGCGGAGCUCCGGGACCACCUCAACUGCGAGCAGCUCAUCGUCCCCCCUGACGUACUCAGGCACGACGAGAAGCUGCGGGCCGCUCAGAAGGGAGGCCCCCCGCCCUCGGUGAGGUCCCCCCCGCCGCGGCCCCCCCUGCCCACCCAGCAGUUUGGCGUCAGCCUUCAGUACAUUAGGGAGAAGAACAGCCAGGUCGUGAUCCCUCCUGUGAUGUCCCAGACCGUCACCUACCUGAAACAGAAAGGGCUCCAGACAGAGGGCAUCUUCAGGAGGUCGGCGCGUGUGCAGCUCAUCAAGGACAUCCAGAAGCUCUACAACCUAGGGAAGCCGGUGAGCUUCGAGGAGUACGGGGACGUCCACGUGGCGGCUGUCAUCCUCAAGACCUUCCUCAGGGAGCUGCCCGAGCCCCUGCUCACCUUCCCGCUGUACGGCUCCCUGCAGGACAUCAUCCGAGUGGAGACCAGUCUGAGAGUGACCACAUGCAUGCAGAUCGUUGGGAACCUUCCAGAACAUAACUACAUCGUCCUAAAGUACCUGGCAUGCUUCCUUCACAUGGUGUCCCAGGAGAGCAUACACAACAAGAUGAGCCCAUCCAACCUGGCGUGUGUGUUUGGGGUGAACCUGGCCCGGCCCCCCCAGGGCUCCAUGUCCCUGACCGCCCUCACGCCCCUCAACAUCUUCACCGAGCUCCUCAUCGAGCACUACCACACAGUGUUUGGCUCCCGCUGCCCCCCUGGACAGGUCACGCCCUGAGCCCAGCCCCAGGAUGGCCCCGGCUCUAGGAUCAACCCAGCCCCGAGACCCAGGAUAGCUCCAGCCCUGGCCCCCAGGCCUGGCCCACCUGCUCUUUAACACAGCCCCCCCCCCCCCCCCCCCUCCAUUACCCAGCUGUCAGACGCGGGUGCCUUGCACAACAUUUUUUUUUUCUUUUUCUCCACUCUGUGAGCCUCUACAUAAUUGUCUGUCGGCCCCUGUGCCCCCAAGUCAAACGGCACUCUCAAAGAUCGUACACCGGAUUGACUUUUUGCUGCCUAAAACAUGUAUCGCGCUGACCUGAAGAGCGAUUUUUAACAAUGCCGGAGCACCUGUGCCUUUUUUGAAGACUUCAGGCAAAACCACUUUCACCCUGGAAAUACCAGAGCUGGCGUUUCCGUGGCAACGUGACGUGCGGGGGAGGGGAGGACGGAGCGGGUCCUGCGCUAACCUUGACGGCUCGGAUCUCGGCUGCGUGUCCAGGAUACCAAGAGAGCUGAAAGCAGACUUUCAGAACAAGAACGUGGUUAUUAUUUCAUUAUCUUUCUCUCUCUCUUUCUGGCCCCCUGGUUUAAACACGGACUGCAACACACUCAACUGAACCUUGUUUGCUAGCGCUAGAGGGUACAAGCAAAAGCUUUCAUGUCUGUGGUAUUUUUCACCCCAAUUUGUAAUUGUAUACUCGCUUCUCGGUUCAACAUCGCUGUCCCAUUGGGAAGCAGAAGCUUUAAAAAAUAAUAAUAAUAAUGUUUCGUAAAGUUUUAGAGUUCCAUUGACGCCAAAGAAGAUGUUUGGUCGAUUUGACCUUCAGAUUGCUUGCUUGAUUACCUUGCUGCUUUGAAACAUGUUACUGACAUGCAAGCUACUGUAACCAAUGCCUUAUGCAUCCUGUAUGAUAUACUGUCUGUGUUCUUUGUUGUGUUCCACUCUGUACUGUGCAGUGUCUGUUCUUUUGGUCUGUGUUUGUUUGUUGGCAAUAUGGUUAAGGGUUUAGGCUUGGGUUGAUUAUGCAAACAUAUUUAUUGAACUGUAGAUGAUAGGUUUAUUUUGACUACUGACUAUUUUUUGUUGUAACUACAUUCCUAUUGUCUAAUUUGACCACAUUUAUGUGCAUAGAAUACAG